AUGGCAACACUUUUUCAGCAAUAUGAAGAUGCUUCAGGACAGAAAAUCAACUUUGAGAAAUCUUCUGUAAUCUUUGGACUGAAGACACCAGAAUGGAAAAGACAACGUUCACAACAGAUUUUGGGUAUUAGCAGAGUAGGUGGUGGAGGCAAAUACUUGGGUUUGCCAGAACAGUUUGGCAGGAAGAAGGUUGAACUGUUUGAACAUGUUGUGAAAAAGGUCAAAGAGAGAACAGAGGGCUGGUCGACAAAAUACCUAUCCCCAGCAGGCAAGGAAAUAUUGAUUAAAGCUGUGGCUCUAGCUUUUCCAGUCUACUCGAUGAAUUGCUUCAUGUUGCCUUCUACUAUCUGUGAUGAAAUUACAAGUAUUGUUUCUGCCUUUUGGUGGGGAAAAGAAAAUGGCAGAAGAAAAAUACCUUGGGUGGCAUGGGACAGAAUGACUCUCCCAAAGAAAGAAGGAGGCCUUGGUUUUAAAGACCUCCAUACUUUCAACGGAGCACUGCUUGCGAAACAGGCCUGGCGAAUACUCAUGAAUCCAAAUAGUCUACUUGCUCGCAUCUAUAAAGGUAUGUACUAUCCUAGAACUACCUUUAUGAAAUCAACUGCAGGUCACUAUGCCUCAUACGGAUGGAAAUCUAUCCAAGAGGGUAAAGCUUUACUUUCUCAAGGCCUUCGUGUUCGUCUUGGUAAUGGUCGUAAUACAAGUAUAUGGGAUGACCCUUGGCUACCAACACUACCACCACGUCCUGCAGCAGGUCCGAUGAUUGUUCCUCACAUGAAAGUUUCAGACUUAUGGAAAGAAAACAGCAGAGAAUGGGAUCCGGUAACUUUUGAAGGUGUCCUCACACCUGAAGAUCAACAAAUAGUCUCUGAAUUAUAUCUCUCAUAG